UGUCUAUGGUGUGAGGAAUGGAAUGGCGGCUACUGAAGAAUCGAUGUCACGACUGCUAAGACUUGCACGAAAAUUCAACUGUUUUUAUGUGUCAGGGCUGCACAAGGGGGACUGCCUGCCCUUCGUGGUGGAGGGCCACCAGGUGGGGCUGGUGCGGCCCGACGUGCUGCGCCAGCUGCUCUGCUUCCCCGACAUCUUCCUGGUGCAGCCCGACGCGGUGGAGCUGAACCCCGCCUUCCGCGACUACUCGGAGCGCACGGCCCGCCUCGAGGGCUUCCUGCGGCAGUGCCGCGCGCUGCACGUCUUCGUGGCGCUGCAGGGCUGGCGGGACGAGUGUUACGAGGUCAAACCCAUGUUCUCGAAGGAAUCACUGUUGAAAAUGGACAGAUCUGCUACUUGCCUGUUCGGCGUGUGCAACUACGGGGUGGGCAUCAACGGCUACGUGCAGCACCCGGACCAGGGGCUGUGCAUCUGGCUGCAGCGCCGGUCGCCCACCAAGCAGACCUGGCCGGGCAAGCUGGACAACAUGGUGGGCGGGGGCUUGUCGGUCGGCUACGGGGUCGUCGAGACGGCCCACAAGGAGGCGGCGGAGGAAGCCAGCCUCACCGCGGAGCUGCUGAGGGGGCUCAGGCCGGCCGGCUGCGUCUCAUUUUUCUUUGAGAGUGAACGUGGACUCUUCCCAAACACGGAGUUUGUGUUUGACCUCGAACUGCCGACGGAGUUUGUCCCGUACAACACAGACGGCGAAGUGGAGAGCUUCGUUCUCCUGCCGGUUGCAGAGGCCCUGGAGAAGGUGUUCUCGUCAGAGUUCAAGACCACCAGCUGCCCCGUGGUCAUAGACUUCCUCAUCAGACACGGGGUCAUCACCGCAGACAACGAACCAAACCUGCCCAGCAUCUUGGAGCUGCUGCAUGUGCCGCUGCAGACGCUGUACCAGUCGCACGCGAGGCGGCCCCCGGCGGAGAACGGCCAGCGCCUCAUCAGCUCCUUCCCCCUCGCCAAGUAGACGUCGCCGUGUGUAUAUUUAAAAUUAUUAUUUUCAUCAGUAUUUUAGCCAUUAAGUGGUAAUUGCAUUCCUCACGUUCCUGUUGAUUAUUUGUAAAAAAAAUUUGCUUGUGGAUUUAAAUUGUUUGAAUCAUCUGCCUGUAAUUCAUGUUAUGUUGUCCUGUGAGGAAUAUAUUUGCUCAACAAUGCAGUAGUUGUGAAGAAAAUGUAAAGAUUCUAGUCAUGGGUUCCAUUCUUGUAAAAGUGAUGAUGGCCAGUUUUGGUGGUGUGUUUUCAUUGCUAUGUUUCUUUGGUAGUGAUAAUUUUAAGUACCUGUUCUUGUCAAGUGCUGUACAAUUUAUAUUUACAGUUUGAGCUCUAAGAGAAAUUAUGUAAUUAAUGUGUGUGUUUUUCAAAACUAAAGAAAGUUGACUGUGCCAGUUAAAAAAUCUUCAGUUCCUUUUUUAAUCCAAAGUUGUUGAUAAAACUGUUUUCUCAUUUUUUGUAAUAAAUUCUUCUUCCAAAGAACUGUCUGUGUAGAUUAGGAAAGCCAAUAUUACCUUAUUCCAUGCACAGUAGUAAUGUUGCUCUUGCAGAAAAGACAUCUCUGUUUUUCUGCGCGAUAGCAAUUCAUGAUCAGAAGCAGUCGAGCUCGAAGUGUUCUCGAACUUGAAGUGAAAGUAUUUUCUUUGUCGUGCCAUCAUCAUGUUUUUAUGAGAGCAAGUUUUUAAUGUCACUGAAAUUAUAGAUGUUAAAGUGAUGGCAAAGAGUGAUAUAACUGUAGCAGCCUGUUCAUUGCUUGGAGAAGCAGGUAAUGUUGUUAUCAGUGCAAGAGUAUAACUAACAUUUGUGGGGAUUGUGCAAUUUUUUUUUCCAAACCAAAAUUAGAAAAGGAAAUUAUUAACUGGGCUCAAAUGAGAAAGGAAAAUAAGAUGAAGUUGUAAAAGUUUGGUGGAUGUCUUGUUGAUACAUUCAUGUAGACUUGCACGGCCCACGCCGCGCCCGUCCGAGGUUCUGGCAUUUCCACGUUUCCAGUCAGCACUUAUUGAAACUGAAAUAAAGUUUAAGGUAUAAUAUUUGUUUAGUUAACAGCCCCCAAGAUUUUGCAUAAUACAUAUUUCUUACACAUGCACCUACACAAGCUGAUUCAAACAUGUCUGCUUCCAUGAUUGAUGUAUGUAGAGAUGUAUUAGGCUUGACUACUCCAGCAGAGUUGAGCAAGUGACUUUGGCUCCGCUAGGCUCUACUGGACUGGACUGGACUGGACUGGACUAGACUAAUAGCAUUUUUUUAAAAAUAUCAAUUCAUAUGGGACAUGGUGCACAUACCAUUAUUUUGCUAAAACUUAUCAUUAAAAACCUUGUAUGUAUGUGCUCGUUAUUUAAAAAGUACUAUUAAUUUUACUUCAUACGCGCUGCCCUGAAAACGUAUAUCCAGUAGGCCUGAGGAAAGAUCAGAUUUUUAGUUUGAAUGGAAUACGAAUACCAUUUUAUUCUGGAAUAUGAAUAUUGAAAUUCAAAUAGUAAUAAUGAAAAUCAUAACCCCACUAAUUUUUUUUUUUACAUGUAACAAAUUCAUAUGGAAAGAAAAAAUAAAUGUGUAGUGUAGUGGCUUCUGGGAAAUUAGACAAAUGAUACUAAAGUGAUAGGUUGGUUAGGUUAGGUCUGCUACCAUAAUUAUUUGUAAAAUUUUUGUUAAAAUAUUUAAGUAUUAUAUUAUGAAUAAAAAAAAAAUUGUUUUAAUUAUGCAGCUAACCUAACUUAACCUAACCUAAACAAGCUUUUAUAUCAGUUCUUAUUCACCUUAUUUUCAGACCUGCUACUCUACAUAUUGAGCAAGAAAAUUUUGGCAAACCGAAUGAUACUGUGAAAUCCAAUGUAAUUCAUUUAAUGAAAAACGUGAAUCAUUUUUUAAAUGUAUUCUCAAAUUAGUGAUUGAAUGAGCUUAUAUGCACACAUUUAAACCCUAAUUAUUCAUGCUUGUUGUUAACGGCACACAUCUGGUGUGUCCACUGCCCGCCUCAGGCCCCCGGCCUCCCACACACUCUGGCUUCGCACGUGUUGCACAUGACGGUAGCGCUUUGGCAUAUUUCAAUACACUUCAAUUACCUACUUCAAAACAAUUUUUAACAAAAAAACCAAAAGCUGUACAAAGACAUAAAAACAAUUACCUGGCCAUUUUACAUCCAACUGUAUAAUUCCUAACCUCUAAGGUUAGAAUUAUUCAUUCUUUAAUCAAUACCAUCACCCUUUGUAUAUAUCUGAGGUCAUUUUUGAUAGUGGGAGUUAUCUGCUAACUCCAGAAUUGCAGCAAGUCUUGCUACAAUUGCUGCGAAAAUGCUGCAUGGCAGCAGACAGCUGAAUAAUACACAGCAUUGCAACAGGGUGGCUGAAUGAAGUGCUUCAUUGCCAAUUGGUGUCUGAAUAAACAACUAUGCAACAGUGUGGUAACAUAAUGCAUUGUAUUGCAGUAAGGUGGCUGAAUAAUGAGUGCAUUGCAGCAGGGUGGAUGAAUGAUGUGCUGUAUUGCAGAAAGGUAUCAUAUGAUGUAUUUCAUUUACAGCAGGGUGGCUGAAUAAUGCCAUGCAUAUCAGCAGGGUGACUGAAUGAUGUGUUACAUUAUAGCAGGUUUUCUGAAAUAUCCGCUGCAGGGUGGCUGAAUGACAUGCUACUUUGCAGCAGUUUGGCUGAAUGACAUGCUACAUUGUAGCAGGGGGACUUCAUGAUAUGCUGCAUUGCAGUAGAGUGGCUGAAUAAUGCAAUGCAUUGCCAAAGUUGGCUAAAUGGUGUUCUGCAUUGUAGUAGUUAAGCUGAUAGAUGUGCUGUGUUUUAGCAGGGUGCAUGAAUGUUACUCUGCAUUGGAGCUGGGUGUCUGAUUUGCAAGCUACUUUGUAUAAGGGUGGCUGAAUACACGUUACUUUCCAGCAGUGUGGCUGAAUGACAUAUUGCAUUGCAGCAGGGUGUUUGAAUGAUGCACUGCACACAGUUUUAAAGCAUAAAUCUUAUGACAUGAUAAUUAUAACAUGCUGUUGCAAUGACUCAGAAACAGUAGAUUACUGGCACUGACGUAGUCACUGCCGCUACGGGAGCCUGCACCCUGCGCCGACACACCAGCCUUCAGUUCUGGGGGGAGCAGCAAAUACUAGCAUCAUUCUUUUUGUCGGGGGAGGGGGGUACCUAAUACAGUAAAACCUUUUUGUUGCGACCACCUCUCUAUUACAACCCGAUUAUGAGGAACUGUGAAAAAAUUGCCGAAAAUCCGAAGAAAAUCGGACAGAAAAUAAGUUUCUUGUGGUGAGUAGCGUGUUACUUGGUUUCUCUUGCCGAGUGCUGUACUGCCGUAGCAGCGCAUAUCUAAAAAUAGAUACCACUUCCUGUCGACCGCUGUCAGCGCUUGACAAACCCCAUUCCACGUCCCUUUGCCAACAGGGCGCAGAUAAAGGUUAUUGUGGCAAUGUGUUUACGUUUAGCUUUUUGCGAGUGUCUAGUGGUACGCAGUUGAGGCAAAACUACCUGCUGGAUUUCUCUUGAUUUUGAUUACUAUCGGUUGACAAUGUUUGCUUAGUUUUUGAAGUCCGAUAUGGUAUAUUUUCUGGCUUGAAUUUGUGAACUAUUAUUGAUGACUUAUGCAGGUUUUUUUUUUCCGAUUUUGUGUAUUAUGACUUAAUAAAUAAAAUACCAUUAAAUAUUAAUUACUAUUAAUACAAUUCCGUACCGUGCGCUGCGGCCGAUCUCGGAUGCUGCUUGUACUUGUUAACAAUCACGUUAUCUGCUUCAUUUUAACAAGAGUAAAAAUAUAAUAAAACUGUCAGAAAAUUGAUAAAAGCUUUAUGUGUCCGCAAAACAGGGCACAACACUGGCCCGCCAGUUGUUUUCAUUCAAAACGUGGCUAAAGAACUUGCAUGGAUCAGGCUGAAAACAUCCAGCAAUACGUGUAGGUUAUAAGGAAUCUUGCUAUGAAUUGAGAUGUUAUGUUUUUCGAGUAGAUAUACACAGCGACCGACUGGACGCACGCCCACCUCGACUCGUUUUAACUGCCGCAGCGAUGUUUAUUUUGACAGCUCAAGCAAUUAUCUUUUCCCGUGGGUUGACAGAAAAAGGUUGCUUCACCCAGCAUAAAAAAAAGGCUACGCCACUUAUUCUCCACGCAGGAAACACACUGGCUGCCGUCUGUCUCCCCCGCAUUUAUCUUUCUUCUAACAUUCCACGUCUCGCCUCUCGCGCUAGCAAUAACGAAGCGACCACGCAUUGGGCCGUUUUAUGCUUGCUUUGGUGACAGCAGCUUGAUUUUAUUCUGUAUAUUCCUUUUCAUAGGACCCUUGCUAUUAAAAUACAUUUAUAUUUAAGUUUGAAACCUUGUAAAUUCCUUGCCAGAGAUGACUGAACUCGAACUUGGUGUGAAAAGUGACAUAUUUUGACAUACUUUUUUUUUGGGCGUGUUUGCCGGGGAGGGAAGGGUCCGAAAAUAUUUACAACGAUACCCCUCCUUCACCGCUUUAGUACCCCAUUCAUAAUAGUCCAAUUUUACAGGAGAAGGGAGGGUGAAAUGAGCAUUUUCUCACUGAAGGUUUUUCAAAGGGGAGCGAAGUUGGGAUGUUAUAAGGGAGGACACUAGAUGGUUUGUGUGACUGGGAGGGAUGAGCUAGCUUUGAAGAAUAUUACCGGGAGGAGGGAGGGGUGAGCUUAUGAGUCAUGAAGCAGCUGCCGCCAGCCAGCCGGGCGAGCUUAGUGUGCGCCCACUCGCGUUGCAGAACCUACCGCUGCCAUAUUUUUAAAGGAAAUGUCCCGUAGCAAAGCCGACACAAAAAUACGCUGUGUGUUAUUAUUAACAGAUUUUAAUGAUCUUUCAUUUAGUUUUUUUUUUUUUAAUUUUUUCUGAUUUUCACAUUUUGGUCAAAAUGUCCAAUUUUUUGACGGUUCCCGAGAAUGUAUUCGUAAAAUCACUGCAUCGUUAAAUCCGGGGUUCAUGACAUCGCGGUUCUAGUGUAUUUAACUACAGCAAGCAGAAAAGGUACAUGUAAACUAACCAGUAAAAAUAAACCGUCUUUUGACAUAUUUUCUUUAGAGGUGGCCUGUAGGGCGACGGACUUGUCAUGAAGGUUAAGUGGGUUUAAAGCAAAGCCGUCUAGCAUUGUGAGUGAUAGCAUCCUGCCAUUGUAUGGCUGGUUUCUUAGCGAGUAGCGGUUUGGGGGGGGGGGGGGGGGGGUUUGAAAUCAACUGAAAAUUUCGGAAAACAUCUAUUAAGAUCCCCCCUCUAUUACGACCCUAUUCCUGGGAACCGUGAGGGGUCGUUUCAGAGAGGUUUGACUGUAUUAUGCUUGAAUUAUUUCUUGUUGCCAGGAAUUCUAUGUAUCACUCACACGGACAAUUUGUCUGUUAAUUUUACAGUUUAUGUUGAACUUAGAUUUUUGGUAAUAUUAUGAUUGCCUUUUAAUGAAAGAGAAAAAAAGUAAUAGUUAUUAACCUUUGAAAAUUGAAUACUUUUAUUGUUCUUGCACAUUCAUAUGGUACAAGAUGGUGGUGGUGUAAUUUUACAGGAGUUUUUGGACUUAGUGUGAAUGUGAUGCAAAAUAUGUACUUAGAGCACCUUACUUAUUGAAACAUUGAUAUGAAACAUUAAAUAAAAAUAUAAAAAUUUUUUAUUAUUUUAUAUAUUAAUUUCUCUUGUAUAUUUUCCGGCCACUUAUAUGGUAUAAAUGAUGCCUGUAUUCAUAGAAUCUUCUUUGUGGGUUUACUUCGUUCAGAAAAGCCUCUACUAUAUUGUAAAAUAGUCUUAGUGUAUGAAAAAUUUUAUUUUGCCAUGAAGCAGAUGAGAUGAAUUAAACUUAUUUCUGUGCAUGACGAUCAAGCUGUGUCAAUAGUGUUAUGUUGUGGUUGUGCAUAGGAGAAAAUAAGUAAAUUAAAUUCCUUUCACAAACUGGAUCUUUUGAAAGAAGGUGAAUGUACCAAUUAAAAAUAUUUACUCACCAUUUACAUUUUAAAUGUUAAAACUAUUUUUUGAAUGGGCCUAAAAGAAUUAAACACCCUGGUACAAUAGAGCUCCUUCCAAUUAUGAAAUUUGAUUGAGUUUGACAUCACUCCGGCCUGCUGUAUAUGUCGAGAUGGCCUACUAUAUUUCAUUCGCCAUUGUUUUGUAAUGUCGUGUUACUUAUAAAUGUUACUUAUAGUACAAACAGAGUGUAGGGUCAUUGGAAAUAUAUUCCAAUGAGAUCAAAAAAAAAUAUUAACAAGCAAAGUAUGUUGUCUCAUUAUAACAAGCCCACUCACAAACUCUGGCUUGUGUGUGAUCAUAGAGAAGAGGGUACCGUUAUGUAUGUGUUCACUAUUUGUUCUUCAAUCGCAAAAAUUUUACAUUGGUGUCAUUUAUAGGACUACAUAUUGAAAUAAUUCUCAUGUAUGAACAUGCCACAGUUAGUUUACGAAAGCUUCUGUUUAAAAUACUUGCUUAUAUUUAUUUUUAAUGAUGAAGCUCAAAACGUGCAUAGCCAAUGGUUACUUUAUUUACAAACCUGUGACACGUAUUGACUGGAGCAGGAUUGUACGGACUGCUUGCGUGGUUCUGUCGAGUGGUUCUCAGCUUCGUGCUGAUGUGAAGCCCGGGGCUCAUACUUGUGUUGUUUGUAGACAUUCAAGGAAACAAUAAGAAUUUAAUUUGUUAUUAGCAUGUACUUGAAAGUACUGGCCGAUAUCCUUUCGAUUCCACGAUUUACUGUCUCAAAUAAUGACACCAUUUCACCAGAAUUUUACCAUUGACAUUUAUAAAAAAAGUUCCGAAAAGAACAUCAAAUUUUAUCAAAAUGUAUUAGCGAAACAGUUGCCGGAAAUCAAGGUUACCUUUGGCUUAAAUAAAUAUAUUUUAAAUAAAUUAUUCAAAUUUCCUGGUGGAGACCACCAGGCUCCCCCAAACAUCAGGACUCUGCCGCUGCGUGAGACACCAGCCUUAUUGCAACGCAGUAGCAUGGCAUUAUCAGCUUAAUGAUUAUAAAAUCAAGGAAGUUUUCAGGCUUGAAAAAAAAUUAAUUCCUUCAAAAACAGUGUAAUUUAAGUUCCAACUGCGCAGAAGCAAAAAUUACAUUUCUUAUGUUGUCAUUUUUUUUUAAUAUAUAUAAUCAUGGGGCCCUUAUAUUUAGGAUAUAACUUUAUUGGCCAUUUAAAUUUGCGUAGUUUAACAUUGAAGCAAAUUCCUUGAAAAAUUAAAUGAUGUGCCUUGGAAACGAGGAAAAGUGCAUGAUAUCAAAAUCCCCGAGUGAAGUGGCCACUAUGAAUGAAAAAUUGCUACUCCAAGAGAAGGACAUUAGUUUCACAGAUCACAGGACAUGUCUAUGAUUGUGUUUUAAUUUCAAAUAAAUAAAAAUUUAAAAAAAUUAAUUUGUUUUGACAAUAAAAGUAACCUAAAGUUAACCAGUAACACAAUAUUGCCUUAGAGUUUUGGAUUUGUUUAAAAUAUUUGGUUUGUUGAGUACACAAUCUGUUGAGUGAUGUUAAGUUUGCAUUUGUUUUGAUGUAACUGUAUCCCAGAAGCCAAGCUUAUCUGUGAAUAUUUACAAUUAGAGCUGUCCAGUGGUAAACUAGUGAAGGAUUGAGUUUCAUGACGUAAGUAUUAGGGUUCUGCGAAUAUUCGAAAUUUCCGAAUUCGAGUUCGAAUUUUUUGAUAUUCAAUUCGAAAAUUCGAAUCGAAUUCAUUUUACAAUAAUUCGACUUGCAAAUUCUGGCCCGGAUACACUAAUUUAAGACACCCCCCUCCCCCAUUUUUAAAAGAAAUGUAAAUGGACGAUUACAUCUUCCACUUACAAAAAAUUAUACAUCGUAACCCCUUAUUUACGUUACCGUUAAUUACGUUUACACGUUAUUUGAAUCAUUUUAUUUCUGUCCCGUUUUAACCUCAUUUGAUGUAAUGCAAUGAAUUCCCGUUGUUUACAACGCGCCUAUUGCUUUACGCAGUUUACGCCGUUCGUUCUGAUAAAACUGCUAACUAACUAAAUUAAUCCUAUUACAAAGUAACCUGAUGUGUAAAUCGUGUUUUAAAGACGUUUUUAAAAGUUAAAAAACUUCAUCUUUAACGUCUCGGGAGUCUCUUUAUUCCGCUUAUAAAAACGUAAGCAGCGCCAGUUUGGUUGUGUUGGUUCCUGUAUUCCAUUAUAGAGCGCUCUCACGUAGUCGGAGAUCGAUAUCGAUAUCUCGCAGACUGCAUGCACGCGCGCGCGCUCUAUCAAUAACCGAGUUAACCAGCACGAUCGUUAUGCGUAUAGUUACAAAUCACGUUCUUGUUACGGGUUUCUUUUUUUUUUUUACGUUGAAUAAAAUGGUUUUAUUGCAUCACUCAUUAAUUUAAAUUAUUUAGCUUGCUUUCACAAUGCCUCUUGUAAACAAACAUUUUCAUUGGCUGCCGGCCGCCGCGCACAUAAUUCGUGCGCAAGAAAUAGUCCCUUGGUUACGUACCAUUUGUAAGUAUUUUUACGCUGCCUUUUUUAUUACAAUUAUGUUAGCAGACGCCGUGUGUAUAGUGUACAGUUGAUGCCCGGCCCAACAGUUGUAUUUCGGAUUCGCGCGCGCACGGUUUGUUAUGGCUAACGCCGGACAAGGUUUUGUAAAGCACAGAACGGAAAAGCCUUUGAAAAGUGCACAGAAAACUAUUGUGUUGAAUGUUUAAACCUUUUCAGACAAAUAUCCGGAUUGUCGUGUGAACGAUAUCGCGAGUUUAACUGCGGAAUUUACGAGUGUUUCGAAGAGCAGUGUGCUUCGUGCAAGGAAAGAAUUACAGGAUACUGGGACAUUAACAACUCCCGGGAAGAAAAGGAAACUUGAGUAUCCUGUUAUCAAAACUUGUGAUGAUUUUGUGAAGACGGCUAUUAGGCGUAAAGUGCAUAGUUUUUUCUUCGCAAAUGAACCACCUACUCCGAACAAAGUACUACGGUGCUUCCUGUUAUAUUACUUCUCCGUUAUUUUAUUAGCACCGACUGUACUGAAGUUUCUGUGUUGCAACUAGUGCUUGGCGCGCAAGAUGAAUUCAGCCUAUCACUUGCUGACGCGGGGCAGUGAUACGGCGGUGUUUGUUUAUUUAAAAAAUCAGCUAAGAGUGAACCCACGGUCUCACCCCUAAUUAUAAACUUGAUUUUAGAAUAAAAUGUGCGAUGCUUACGCGAUAAAAACUGUAAAUUUGUUAUUUUUAUUAUGUACCACUUCCUUAUGCUGUGAUAUUUUUAUUAAUAUUUUUAUCCUUGAAAGUCAAAUAUGCUAAUUAAGGUGGCAAGUUAGAUAGUUUUCUCUACAGCAGGCAACAUCAGGGGCGAAACAACUAAAUUUCCAAAAGGGGGGGGGGGGGG